AUGCCAGCAACAACGUCCACGAACGGUGAGACGUCCGUCACCGCAGACGUCAUCAUCGUCGGUGCGGGAUUCGGAGGAUGCUAUGCUCUUCACGAGGUCCGGCGCCAGGGCUACACAGCCAAGAUACUCGAGUCUGGGCAAGACUUUGGCGGGGUCUGGCACUUCAAUAAGUAUCCGGGCGCGCGAGUGGACUCGGAAACGCCUCUCUACCAGCUUGGCCUGCCGCAGGUCUACGACAACUUUUCCUUUACCGAGCGCUUCCCCGGUAGUGAUGAGAUUCGGGAUUACUUUGCGCACUUGGACAAGACUCUGGAUCUGAGAAAGGACACAAUCUUCAACGCCAGGGUGGCCAAGGUCGAGCAUGACUCAACAACAAAUACUUGGACUCUCACCACCGCUUCGGGUGUAACAGCAACAUGUCGCUAUGUCAUCUUCGCCGCUGGGAGCAGCAACAAACGCUACAUCCCCGACUUCCCGAAGCUCAGUGACUUCCAGGGCGAGGCGGUUCACCCUGCGGCGUGGCCGGAGAACCUCGAUCUCAAUGGCAAAAAGAUUGGUGUGAUCGGUCAGGGGGCGUCCGGGCUGCAGAUUGUCCAGGAGCUAGCCAAGACGGACUGCGAACUGACAGUCUUUGUGCGCAACCCGUGCACAGCGAUCCCAAUGGGCCAGCGCGAUAUCCCCCGGAACGAAGCCGAGGAGCUCAAAAGCCUCUACGGGAGCCUCUGGCAGAAAGCCAAGUACGCAAGCGGUCACUGCUAUGCGUACAACGACUGCCCGUUCUCGUUCAACGACCUCACGCGGGACGAGCGCCAUGAGCUGUACGAGCGGCUCUGGGCCAGAGGAGGAUACGCGUUCUUCUCCUCGCUGUUUCCCGACUACAUGAUGAACAAGACGGCCAAUGCAGAAGUGUACGACUUCUGGGCGAGCAAGGUCCGCGCGCGCAUCUCGGACCCCGAGAAGCGCGACAUCAUGGCGCCUCUCAAGCAAUUCCAGUGGAUUUGCGCGAAGCGGCCCAGCUUGGAAAUGGACUACUACGAGAUGAUUGACCGGCCGAAUGUCAAGCUUGUGGACUUGAAGAAGACGCCCAUUCGAGAGUUUGUGGCCAACGGCGCGACGACUGAGGACGGCAAGCUUCACGAACUCGACGUGGUCGUGUUCGCAACAGGCUACGAUUCCGUGACAGGAAGCCUGUACGACAUGAACAUCCACGACAAGAGCGGCGUGGUCCUGCAGAAGAAGUGGAAGGACGGAAUCAAGACCCAUCUAGGUAUGAUGGUGCCGGAUAUUCCUAAUGCCUUUUUCCUGUACGGCCCGCAGGCACCCACGUCGCUCGCAAACGGGCCGCCCUUUUUGGAGCUUCAGGUCGAGUGGGUGACCAAGGUCCUGCAGCGGAUGAAGGACGACGGGGUCUGCGCUCUCGAGACGUCACCCGCGGCGGCGGCGGCUUGGGCGGAGCUCUCGUACCAGAUCUUCCAGGUGGUGCUGCAUCACGAGACGCCGUCGUGGUACAACGGCUCGAAUAUUCCCGGGAAGCGACAGGAGCCGCUGGUUUGGUUUGGGGGCGUCAAGGGCUGGUGGGAGGCUUGUAACGACGCGCUCAAGGACUGGUCCAAGUUCACCGUGGUGCGAUCGAACUAG